AUGCUCUAGAUUUCCAUCGCAGAGGGAGAGAGAGGGAGAGGGAGGGACUUUUUCAUCGUCUAUUUGUCAAACUUUAUUUUAUCUUACUCAAAGGAUCAAUUGACGCACUGUUAAUGUUCUUACGACUAUUUUGGUCAGUACAUUACUCUUUCUCUCUCUGGACCGAUGAAAAUGAAAAGAGAAAAAUAAUAUCUUUGCCCAUUUCGCAGCGCUUCUCUAUGAAGUGAUUGCCUCUGGCCUCUCCCAAGAACAAAACAUAGUUCUGCUUCUUUUUUCAUCUGGGUUUGCUUCACCGUCGAUGUUCUGCUUUUCCUUCCUUCUAUAUCGCACCCAGAUCCUGUCAUCGUCCGAGCUUGCUGAGUUUCGAGGAAGGGCCAAAAAGGUGGAUUUUCCUCUUCACCUCUGUCUUAUCUGUAAGAACAUAGUAAAAGGCUGGAGGUUCUGGUGUUUGUAUCUAAUUUUGGGAGUUGUUGCUGUGUUCACUUUAAGCUGUCCUUUUCGUUGUUUGCUUCAUCUGGGUGUGUGAAUUUUAGUUCAAGGCUGUCAAAUCGUGUAGAUCAUUUUGCCAGGGAUCUAGAAAAAAAUCUCCAAUUUUGGAUGGAUGAUAAAUUUAAACAAUGGUUUCUCACUCGAGGCUUUGAAUAAUGCUUCUGGGUUAGUGUAAACUGUAUAUGGGAAUGGGUGUUUGUAUCUGAGACUAAUGGAAGUAGGUCCAGAUUGUUCAUUGGAUUGAAAUGCGUUUUAUCCAUCUGGGUUUUCUUUUCUGCUUAUGAAAUUGAGGUGCUUGCCUCUUUUGGUGAAUUGGAAUCUGCUUUGAGAGAACCUCUCGAUUCUAGAUACAGUUGUGCUUGCUUGCCUCAUUAUUUCUUCUUCACGUUAUGAUCAAACAAAUACUCGGCAGGCUUCCCCGGAAGCCAUCUAAGUCUGGCGAGAAUCGUGAAUUUGGGGGUUCAUCAGACCCACCUUCCAAUACUUCCAUCAGCACAAGAAGCAGUGACCUUCUGAGUAAUAGGCUGGUAAUCUCAAACGGUACAAACUUCAUAGGCCCUGACUUUGCUCCAAAUUCAGGAUAUAGUUAUGGAAAUAAACUUACCCAAGCUGCCAAUCCAAAAUCCAGUGGAAAUAUGGUAACUGGUCCUUAUGAAGCAUUGCCAGCAUUCAGGGAUGUAUCCAGCUUUGAGAAACAGAACUUGCUUAUUGGAAAGCUGAAAUUGUGUAGUGUUGUCUUUGACUUCACCGAUCCAACGAAGAACCUGAAAGAAAAAGAUAUCAAGCGGCAGACGUUGCUUGAGCUGGUGGAUUAUGUUACUUCUGCGAAUGGGAAGUUUACUGAAACUGUCAUGCAAGAAGUUAUAAAGAUGGUUUCUGUAAACUUAUUUAGAUCACUCACCCCACAACCUCGUGAGAACAAGGUAUUAGAAGCUUUCGAUUUGGAAGAGGAGGAGCCUUCAAUGGACCCUGCUUGGUCUCACUUGCAAAUUGUAUACGAAUUCCUUCUGAGGUUUGUUGCAUCUCCUGAGACGGAUGCAAAGUUGGCCAAGAGGUAUGUUGAUCACUCUUUUGUUCUGAAGUUGCUAGAUCUCUUUGAUUCUGAGGAUCCCAGAGAGAGGGAGUAUCUGAAAACAAUUCUACAUCGCAUAUAUGGAAAGUUUAUGGUGCAUCGCCCAUUCAUUAGGAAAGCAAUCAACAACAUCUUCUUCAAUUUUAUUUUUGAAACAGAGAAGCAUAAUGGGAUUGCUGAGCUUUUAGAAGUUUUGGGCAGUAUAAUCAAUGGGUAUGCUCUGCCACUAAAAGAAGAACACAAGUUAUUCCUUGUUCGGGCUCUAAUCCCCCUUCACAAACCAAAAUGCUUACAAAUGUACCAUCAGCAGUUAUCAUACUGCAUUACACAAUUUGUUGAGAAGGACUCCAAGCUUGCUGACACUGUUAUAAGGGGUUUAUUGAAGUACUGGCCAAUUACAAAUAGUUCAAAGGAAGUCAUGUUCCUGAGUGAGUUAGAAGAAGUUUUAGAAGCAACUCAGCCAGCAGAAUUUCAAAGAUGUAUGGUGCCCUUGUUCCGCCAAAUUGCCCGUUGCUUAAGUAGUUCACAUUUUCAGGUUGCAGAAAGGGCUUUGUACUUGUGGAACAAUGAUCACAUUGAGAAUUUAAUCAGACAGAACCGUAAUGUUAUACUACCCAUCAUCUUCCCUGCACUUGAGAAGAAUGGCUGUAACCACUGGAAUCAGGUGGUGCAGAGUUUGACGCUUAAUGUCCGCAAAAUUUUCUCUGAUGUUGAUCCUGAGCUGUUUGAGGAAUGCCUGCAGCAGUUCCAGAAAGAUGAAGCAAAAGUGGAGGAGAUCAAAACAAAGCAUGCAGCCAUAUGGAAGUCCUUAGAAGAGAUUGCUGCAUCAAAAGCUGCAAGAAAUGGAGCUGCAUAAUUCCUAGCCAAACAUCUUCGAGCUGGUGCUAUGGUCUCAAUUUUUUUUUUUUUUUUGUAGGGGCAUGGGAAGGUUAAUGUGCUUUAAGAGGUGAAUGUUUAGGGAUUGUUGUCUAAACUCAUAGCUGUCGUGCCCCUUUCAGGUCUGUCAGUGCUAUAACGAUGAAUAAUAUUUGACACCUCUAUAGGGCACUGAAAUCCUUCUGGAAUUCACGAACAUACUGUAUACAGGGUACGCUGCAGAGUUAAGUUAGAAGCUCCACUCCACAUUUGCAACCGAGGAGACCAGAAUUCUUAUAGUUGAUAUUUAAAUUAUUGAGAUGAAGAAGUUGCGGAUGAAAGGUAAUUUACACACCAGGACUUGGUUUCUUCGAGUGCUGAAAUGCUUGUCGAACUGGCCCAUUCUCUUCCUGUAUGUGUGUGUAUUAAAUAAAAUAUUUGUUGAUUGAUCUUA